AUGUCAGACAAAGUAGCUAAGAGAGAGAGAUUCCUGAGCGUGUUCCCUGGUCUCGUUGAGGAUCUCAUUGAGGUGCUCAAUGGGUACGGUAUGACACCUGAGGCCAUCGAAUGGUUCAAGAAGAACUUGGAGUACAACACGCCAGGGGGCAAGUUGAACAGAGGUAUCUCUGUUGUUGACACCUAUGCGAUCCUCAAGGGGUUCAAGUCCACUGACGAGCUCGACAAUGAAACCUACAAGAAGAUUGCCCUUCUAGGUUGGUGUAUUGAGUUGUUACAGGCCUACUUCCUCGUUGCCGAUGAUAUGAUGGACAAGUCUAUCACAAGAAGAGGCCAGCCAUGUUGGUAUAGAGUGGAGGGUGUUGCUGAGAUUGCAAUCAACGACUCCUUCAUGCUGGAGGCUGCGAUCUAUGUCUUGCUGAAGAAGUACUUCAAGGGAGAGCCAUACUACGUGGACCUGUUGGAGUUGUUCCAUGACGUGACAUUCCAGACCGAGUUAGGCCAAUUGCUUGACCUGAUCACUGCGCCAGAGGAUCACGUUGACUUGUCCAAAUUCUCCCUUGAUAAGCACUCUUUCAUUGUGAUCUUCAAGACUGCUUACUACUCUUUCUACCUGCCAGUGGCUUUGGCCAUGUACGCUGCUGGCUGUGCCGAUGAGAAGGACUUGAAGCAGGCACAGGACGUCUUGAUCCCACUGGGAGAGUACUUCCAAAUCCAGGACGACUACUUGGACUGCUUCGGUAAGCCAGAGGACAUUGGUAAGAUUGGUACCGAUAUCCAAGAUAACAAGUGUAGUUGGGUCAUCAACACCGCGUUGAAACUCGUCACGCCUGAACAGAGAAAGCUGCUCGACGAAAACUAUGGUGUCAAGGAUAACGCCAAGGAGAAGGUGUGUAAGGACCUCUUCAACGAGUUGGGAAUCGACAAGUUGUACCAUGAGUACGAGGAGAAGGUUGCCGGUGAGCUGAAGGAGAAGAUCGCCAACGUUGACGAGAGCAGAGGUUUCAAAGGUGAAGUCUUGACCAUCUUCUUGAACAAGAUCUACAAGCGUUCUAAAUGA